GCUGCGGUGCAGGUGGAAUGGGAGCGUGCGCGUUGCUGCUGCCAGGCUGCACAGGUGAGGCUGGGGCAUCUUCACGCAUCCGCACAGCUCGAACCUAGGGGAAGCCCGCAAGUUGAGUUUCCUCACCUCUAACCAGGAUACGUGCAAUCCGCUCAUCACACAAUUACGCACUCACUGCACAUGCCCGCGCCAGCAGUGCGUAAAAGCGUUCUGUCCUGUGGAUGGUUAAAACUGGGAUUGUGGAUUUCCCCCGUCUCUCCUUGGAGGAGUCGUUCCGCGGAGAGGACAGGACAGGACGAAGAAGAAGAGAGGAGCAGAGUUUCCACAUUUAAGACUCCAUGGUCCUCAUCUGAGAAGUGGAUCGCAAGCCACCCGACUGCUCCUGUGUCCUGAAUGAAACCCUCUUAAGGUGGAUGGGCGGCAUUAAAAUUACAUGUCCCAGAGGACCCGCUGCUACCGCAGGCAGCGAACCCACAGCCAUAAAUCAAGACCAGGGCACUUUGAUUUCUGCAUUAUCGCUUGCUGCUGCAACAACAGAGGAACAGGCAUGUUUGCAGGCACGCUGACCUGCAGGCGUGCACCAUAGGAUUCUAUUUCUGGAGCCUCAUUGCUUUUACAGAUUAACUGCCCUCAAAUAUGGCCCCAAUCCCAUCACUGCGCCACUAGUUCGACUGCUGCUGGAGGUUGUGCAUAUUCAAGCUUCAAAACACCCUACUGUGCAUCAGUCCAGUCAUCUGAAGUCCCUGAUGCCUUUGGUCUGUUUUUGAAAGCAGUGGCAGUGCAGUUUUUUUCAGACUCACGAAAGGAAACAAACAAAAAGAAAUUAUAUGUCAUGACAGCUUGAAGUUUUUUCUCCUUGUAGUCAUUUCUCAACUGACAUGUCAUUGCUCAUUUCCAUCUGGAACUGUUGAAGGGAAAGAUUGACAUCAGAAACUUUCACAAUAAUACUGUGACACUGUGGUAAGAUGACAUUUUUCAUGAGUUCCUGAGGGCAGUCGCCCUGAAAUCCCUGCGCCCAGUGUUUUCCUUAGCCUGUUGUGGGCUAAUCAGGGUCCUCUAUCAUCAGAAUUGACAUUUCCAUAUUGUAUGAGAGAGAAAGUAGCCUACAUUAGCAUAUUUAUGAACACUAACACUCUCAAUCAUGUGAAAUAGAAGACAUGUGGCAAACUCUGAGCCAUCAAGCCAUGAAACAAAUGUCUUAUGACAUGUGAGGAGAAGAGAUUCUUUAAUCCAGCAGCACAACUUCAGACAGCACACAGGAGCAGGCAACCCUCACAUUAAGGACAUUUCGUCAUAAACCUGCCGUGUGUUGUAGGCCUCUGGACUAAGGCCUACGAUAAGACAAAAAUUAAAGAAUAGGAUUAAAGAUGGAUUACCAGUGAAACACUAAAACCAGCAAAGCAGCUGCCUUUGCAUAAGCCCAUCGAACACUCUUUAGGGAGACACACUGCAGACCGAUUUGCAGAUUACAUUUGGUUGUUGAUGUGGUGGCCUCUUGUGUGAUUGGUAUUAAAAGAGAGGGAUGGAAAAUCUGGAUGAGCUGGAGCACCCUCUUCUGGGAGAAAACACCAAUAACAGUCGAGCAUCAGGACCGGGGCUGGGGCCUGGCACUGGACAGGCCCCUGGUGCCAUGUUCAAGGGCGUCUUGGUAAAGUGCGAGGAGGACAGGGCCUACCCGCCCUUAGCAUGGAGGAGCUACUGCGGACAUCCUCCUGAGCUUCAGCAACAGCAGCUACUGGAUCCUUGCUCCUUACCUCGCACACUGGAGUCUUUUUACCCACCGGCCCCCAUCUGGGGCCACACAGACUCCCUGCUCAGCAAAGAGUACCUGGAGACCACGUUCGUGGACAUUCGACCCGGCUCCACACUGGAGAGGAAGCUGCUGGCUGAGGCGCAGGACUUCCACAGCGAGUCCUACAGCAUGGAUGACGAGGACGACCUGCUUCCUGACUCUGACGACUCAUCCAUUGACGACUUCAGUGAUACGGAAAGCGAGAGCAACUUCCCUCUGAUGAUCCCUCAGGACUACCUGGGUCUGGCCUUUUUCUCCAUGCUAUGCUGCUUCUGGCCCCUGGGCAUCGCUGCCUUCUACCUUUCACAGAAGACCAACAAGGCAUCAGCUCAGGGGGAUUUUCAGGGGGCCAACGCAGCGUCACGCCAGGCACUGUGGCUCUCGGUGCUCUCCAUCGUGUUCGGCAUCAUAACGUACAUCUGUGCCAUCGCUGCGCUGAUUUCCUACCUGUCCGGAAAGCCGCCAUAAAAGCAGCUUCAUGAACAUCACCUGUAAAAUAAUCAGUCUGUGUCUGUCAACAUCGUCUGCAGUCAUGUUUUAUCCACAGCAAGCUGGAGUGUAGAUCAUCAUCACAUCUAAUUAGAUUAGGACAUAACUCAGCUCAGAGGACGUUCCUUGCAUGCAAAGAAAAAUCACUGAACUUUACUCAGCAUCACUCCAUGUAGAAAAUUCAGUCUGUGUUAUUUAUUUUGUCACCCAAGGUCUUAAGUUACCAUACCUUUAAAUCUGUGCUAUAGUCGUUGUCAUAUGUUGAGCAGAUGUAAACACACACUACUUGAUAUCACAAAACAAUGGAUGCAUAAUGAGGGGCAAAGGCAGAAACCAGGGGGGCAAACAGCCCGGGAAGAGCUAAGCGGAGGACAGUGUACAGCGAUGGAGUCUGCAGAUUUAUGAUAGAUUUAUGAAAGGUGCAGCAAGGACGAGGAAGCUGCUAAAUCCUGAUGGACCUUGCAGUUGGAGGGCCUGAGCCAGCACUGUCGCUCGCAGGGUAAAAGCUGGCGCCAUUUUUUUUUUUGGUGCCCCAUAGCUUUAUUUUUAAAACAUACGACAGGUCGGAAGCAAUAUUCUUCGAAAGAACCUUGAAUUUUUUUCUACGCCUCUGGCCGGAGAGUAAGGGACCCACAGGACAACACUGCACACUGCACAUCAAGUUCACAUGCAGCAUCGCUCACUGUGUUCCUGCAGAACGGACUGAUUCUGCUUUGUUUAUGCCAAGUUGAACAAGUAUCUUUAUGUGGAAAUACACAAAGCUCUAAAUGAAAAACACAUAGUGCCGUUAUAUAGGAAGAUAAAUAUAAAUGAGGAGUUCAACGGUGUUAAAAUGAAGGCUGUGGUGUGAACACUAGUGUUUAAGAUAAAGAAAUAAAGGAAGUGUAUCACACAUUGCACUGCAGAAAGACUGCAUUGAGACAGAGAUGCAGAUCUGUAAGGAAAAGUGCCAAAAAUAUGGAAGAAACUCUAAGGAUGAUUCUUUUGUGAACAAUUCCAUUAAUAGAAACAACCGGGCUGCUGCUCCCUAAAUAUAGAUUCUGCUAUUUUCUCCCCCCAAAAAGAGGACAGGUCCUCCCAUUCCUGAAAUCCAUCUGGAACUUGCUUCUCGCAGUGUGACAAACUUAAAAAUGAAAUCCUCUACUUAAACAUGUGUAAACAAACACAGUUAUGCUUUGUUCAGAUGAGCAAGUAAAAUGUUGCUAAAAAAGCACUGUGGUAGUGCUCAGCCACGUGAUGCAUGAGACAGCUAAAGCUCGGUUUCCAUCACAACGGAUAUCUGCAUGGCUGUUUGUCAGUUUGCCAUGUGCACACCUGCCCGGAGCUUCAACCACUUCCUCUAGUAUUUGGUCCUGAAUCACUGCAAAAGCAGCUUUGUUAAAAGAGAAUUAAAAAAAAAAAAAACUCUAGCCAUAUUGGUUUGAGCUUAAAUGUGCCAUUUACAAAAAAA